GUCGUAGCCGGAAAGGUGUAGCCGCAGUUACAAAUUUAUUCUAUGGUUAUAACAGUAGAUUCUGGUCGCGCAGUUUUAAUUAUAGAAGUUAACCUAUUUUGGUGUCAAGAGUGCUGCUAAAUUUUGAACAAAAAUGCAGAACCCCGACGAAGAUACAGAAUGGAACGAUGUCCUUCGAGCCAAGGGCAUCAUACCGCCAAAAAAGGAGACGGAAAUCACGGAAGACCAGAUUGUCAACAUGCUGGAAGACACGAUAAACAGGAAAACAAACGACGGUAAAAACAUGGAAGACAUGACUUUGGACGAGUUGGACGAGCUGGAAGACUCGGAGGACGAGGAAGUUUUGCUGCAAUACAGAAAUAAAAGAAUAGCUGAAAUCAAAGCGUUGACACAGAGAGCUAAAUUUGGGUAUGUGGGUGAAAUAUCCGCCCAAGAUUAUGUUAAUGAAGUGAAUAAAGCCGGUGAAGGCAUAUGGGUUAUUCUCCAUUUAUACAAGCAGGGAAUACCUUUAUGUGCUAUAAUUAACGAACAUUUAAGGAUGUUGGCUCAUAAAUACCCUGCAGUAAAAUGCCUUAAAUCGAUCUCAACAACCUGCAUACCUAACUACCCCGAUAAAAAUCUCCCCACGAUAUUUAUUUACUUUGAGGGCGAGCUUAAAAAACAGUUUGUGGGCCCCCUGGAGCUUCGCGGGCCGAACAUAACCUAUGACGAAUUAGAGUACAUAAUCGGAAAAACCGGGGCCGUAGAAACGGAGAUUAAAGAAGAUCCGAGACCGGCGAUCAAGGAUAAAAUGAUGGCAGAUUUAAGGGACACGAACGAUUGGUAGUAAGAAAUUUCCAAAUAAAGUAAAUAGAACGGAGUGUUACUCAUGUGCCUCGUCAUCUGUCGACGUCAUUUUUUGAAGGAGAAUUUAGUUUUGUAUGUAUGCAACCCAGAUUGCAUAUGCAGGGCUGUACUGGUAUACGUUUUCGUGUACAAUUUGUUUAUGAUUUUUCGUUUUUAAAUUGUUGAUUAUUUAUUUAUUAAUUGUAUUUUUAUACAUUUACAAAAUACCUACUUUUAGUCAAAAACCAAAUAUAUCAGUUGAUA